AUGGCGGAACCACAAAACCUCCCAGACAGUGACAUAGAUGAGAAAGAACACGGCUGGUCCUCUCAGAUCGUGUGGGGACAGCCGGACACGUCAGACUACGAGUCCGACAUCAACGGACAUGGCAAGCCUAGACCCGUGUCCCCGUCAUUCAUGCCUUUUCACCCGCAGGCACGUCUGGACUACAGCCAAAUGAUAGAAGACGAUCUGGACAUCCCCAAAAGUAUGGACAGCGGGAUUUUGUCCAUCAAACCGGUAAACGAACAGUCACUACCGCUGACCGCUGCACCCCCGUCUCCAGAAUACAGAGCCAAGCUGCGUUUCACUCUACACUCGCUGGACUUACUGUUCAUAACAAUACACGAGGUCAAAGACCUUCCACCAAGAAUGGACGAAGCCGUGAACACAUACGUAAAAGCCAGCCUAACUCUAGCGGAAGAGGCUAAGAGAAAUAGCGGAGAAUACAGCAAGGACUUGAGUAGGUUGCACAGACUGAGGUGGCAAACGGCUAUACAGAAGAAGAGUCUGAACCCUGUGUACGAGGAGCGGUUCGAAGCGGAUGUGCAUGAGGACGAGAUCGGGAAGUUCGUGCUGAACGUGGAGGUGUUCGAAUACGACAGGUUCUCGCGAGACUACAGCAUCGGGUCCCUGCACUUUCCGCUCAGGGGGUUGAGACUAGGGGAUGGAAGAACGUUCUGGCAAGACCUGAAGCCAACCAAACAGGAUGGCCUUGGAGAAAUCUUGUUCACCUUGAACUACCUUCCCACCGCGGAGAAACUCACCAUCGUCGUCAUCAAGGUCAAGGACAUGGCGGCACACAAAGUGACUUCACAGUCAAAGUCAAUGUUCGUGAAGAUUUGCUUAGUUCAACACUACAAGCAAGUCAAGAAGAAGACAAGACUUCACAAGAUAUCUCCAGAGAUUGUCCUUAACGAUAGCGUCUCGUUUGACCUUCCGCACGAACAUUUGGACGACGUCCGCGCCAUUUUGUUUUUGUGUAUCCCACAAUACACUUCUAGAUCCGGGUCAAUACGGUAUGACGUGUUAGGUCAGGUGAUGGUAGGUUCCAGUUGCCGGGGACCCGGAGGGGAACACUGGAUACAGAUGACGCGGUCACCUAGGCGACCAGUUGCAAGAUGGCAUUUGGUUACAUGAGAUGACAAUUUCAGGGGUGCCAGGGUAAACAGUGCAAUUUUACGGAAUACAGUGCAAUUUUA